AUGGCGGAGCACAAUAUUGUCGUGUUUGCGGGAGACCAUGCCGGUCCUGAGGUCAUUGCUGAGGCUGUCAAGGUUCUCAAGGCCAUCGAGCAACACAGCCCCAGCGCCGGCAAAUUCAACCUCAAAGACCACCUCCUCGGCGGCUGCUCCAUCGACGCAACCGGCACCCCCCUAACGGACGAGGCCCUCGCGGCCGCAAACGCCGCCGACGCGGUCCUCCUCGGCGCCAUCGGCGGCCCCAAAUGGGGCACCGGCGCCGUCCGCCCCGAGCAGGGGCUCCUGCGCCUGCGCAAGGAGAUGGGCACGUACGGCAACCUGCGCCCGUGCUUCUUCGCGUCCGACGCGCUGGUCGACUCGUCGCCGCUCAAGGCCGACGUCUGCCGCGGCACCGACUUUGUCAUUGUGCGGGAGCUGACGGGCGGCAUCUACUUUGGGGAGCGCAAGGAGGACGACGACGGGUCCGGCCGGGCGUGGGACACGGAGCCGUACUCGCGCGGCGAGGUCGAGCGCGUGGCCAGGCUGGCGGGCUUCCUGGCGCGGGGCCGCGGCGAGAAGAGGGUGUGGUCGCUGGACAAGGCCAACGUGCUGGCCACGAGCCGCCUGUGGCGCAAGGUCAUGACGGAGACGUUUGCCAGGGAGUUUCCGGACCUGACGGUCGAGCACCAGCUGAUUGACAGCGCGGCCAUGAUCAUGGUCAAGAACCCGAGGGGCUUGAACGGCGUCGUCGUGACGAGCAACUUUAUGAAAAGAAUGGGGGAGAACGAGAAAACUGACGGUGAUGGGGCAAUUUCAGGUUCCGCACCGGACAUCAGCGGCAAGGGCAUCGUCAACCCCAUCGGCACCAUCCUCUCCGUGGCCAUGAUGCUGCGGUACUCGCUGAACCUGCCGAACGAGGCCAAGGCCGUCGAGGAGGCCGUCAAGAGGGCGAUUGACGGGGGUCUGAGGACGAAGGACAUGGGCGGCAGUUCGGGGACGAAGGAGGCGGGUGAUGCGAUCGUUGAGGAGCUCGUCAAGGUUCUCAAGGCGUAA